AUGGGCGCGGAAGCCGAAUCUGAAAGCACCAUAGAGGAGCGAAUCGGCCUUACCUCACUCUACCCAAAGAGCAGCAAGGACACAUCCAAGCCACGGAAGAACCUCAUCCUACGAACAGUUGCUGCAGUUCUCGUUGCUACCCUGGCUAUAUGCGGAGCUUACGCGGUCGGAGCCCAAGCGAUCGAAACGCUGACACGGGAUGACGCCCCAUGCCUGUGCGGAUUCACAACUGCCGAGGGAAUUUCGCGGAACUGCCAGUUCGAUGAGAUUGAGUUAUGUUGGUUGAGACCGGAAUGCAUUGACUUCGAUCUCACGCAUGAGUUCACGACAGCCUCUCGUUCUGACAAGGGGGGCGCCUGGCUAUACCAGACGGAGAUGGAUGGCAAGUACCGUCUCAUCAACGGGACCGAGCUAUCCAUGCUGAUCGAGCCCGGGAGGACCAUAUGGUUUACCUACGAGCAACAUGUUGUGCAUUGCAUCUUCUCGUGGAGGAAGCAGUUCCGACAGCAAUUCACAGGCAUUGUGAUGCAUAUGACCGCAUCGGAUGAGGGACAUAUCAGACAUUGCGGUGAGAUGUUUAUGCUUAAUGCUCAUGCAGAAGAAUUGAAGGACGUUAAGAAGCGCGACACCUACGUGGAUCUGUUCAAGGAUGACGGGCCAGCUCCCGCACCGGAAGAGGGUGGUGGCGCCUACAAACGCUCUGAUAGGGCCAAUUCGGGGAAGCGUGACACCUAUAUCGAUCUGUUCAAAGACGAUGGGCCAGCUCCCGCGCCGGACGCCGGGUCGGAGAAGCGGGACACCUACAUCGAUCUGUUCAAAGACGAUGGGCCAGCUCCUGCGCCAGACGCUGGAUCGGAGAAACGUGACACCUACAUCGAUCUGUUCAAGGAUGACGGACCAGCUCCCGCGCCGGACGCUGGAUCGGAGAAGCGUGAGACCUAA